AGUCGCUUUUUUGUCCAUUGAACAAGUCCAAUAUUUUUAUGCAUAGAGUUUCAAUUUUCUAUUCACUAGAAUUGAAAUAGUUUGAAAAAUGUACUGAAUAGAAUCAUCGCACAUCAUCGAUGUCAUAAAAAAAUCACAGAGGACAAAAUGGGAAAAGAUUUUUAUAAAAUUCUUGGCAUCCAGAAGGGUGCAAGUGACGAUGAAAUUAAGAAAGCUUAUCGAAAACUUGCACUAAAAUAUCAUCCAGACAAAAACAAAUCAACUGGCGCCGAAGAACGAUUUAAGGAGAUUGCCGAAGCGUAUGAAGUGCUAUCUGAUAAAAAGAAACGCGAUAUCUAUGAUCAAUAUGGCGAAGAGGGAUUACAUGGUGGAGCACCGGGAGGUGGUCCGGGUGAUAGUGGACAAACAUUCACAUAUGAAUUCCACGGCGAUCCACGGGCUACAUUUGCACAGUUCUUUGGUAGUUCGAAUCCAUUUGAUAUCUUCUUUUCGACCAGUGGUGAUCCCAACCGAAUGUUUGAAUCGAACAUGUUUGGCGGUAUGGACGAUGACGGUGGCGAUGCAUAUUCGCAUAUUAAUGGAAUGUUUGGUGGGCCAGGUGGUCGUGGUGGUCCAGGCGGUGCAUUUCGUUCACAAUCAUUUAAUGUGCACAAUCAGUCACCAAAUCGAAAACGUGGACAACAAGAUCCGCCGAUUGAACAUGAUUUGUACGUAAGCCUAGAGGAUAUCGACAAAGGUUGCACAAAAAAAAUGAAAAUAUCACGAAUGGUAAUGCAAGCAGAUGGUACAGCUCGCAAAGAAGAAAAAGUGCUAAAUAUUACGGUUAAGCCUGGAUGGAAGGCUGGCACAAAAAUCACAUUCCAACGUGAAGGCGAUGUGAUGCCCGGCAAAAUACCAGCCGACAUUGUAUUCAUCAUUCGCGAUAAGCCACAUCAAACAUUCAAACGUGAAGCAAGUGAUAUUCGAUACACCGCUAAAGUAACGUUGCGACAAGCAUUGUGCGGUAUUACAGUACGUGUGCCAACACUAACUGGUGAACAAAUCACUCUAAAUACAUCAAACGAAGUGAUAAAACCAAAUACAGUGAAACGUAUUCAAGGCAAAGGGCUACCGUUUCCAAAAGAACCAUCAAGACGUGGCGAUUUAUUGAUUGCAUUUGAAAUUCAGUUCCCAGAUCGACUGUCACAAGCAACGAAAGAUAUACUAGCCGAUUUAUUUCCCAAUUAAAUUAUCAUAAAACGAGCUAGCAACUACUAUGAACAUCACUUAGUGGCUGCAUACGGUUUCGACUGAUGAUAUCACACACACAUAUAUACACACACAUACUCGAAAACAUAAGCAGAAUCCCAUUUAACUAUAUGCAUUGCAAGCAUUUUUAAAGUGCUAGGAAAAGAAAAUCAUUUUAAAAAAAGGGCAAUUUUCACACAUACACACACACUAUAAUCAAUUUAAAAAAAUAUAUAUGUUUUGAAAAGAGUA